UUGUCAAUUUGCAGUGGGCUAAACAUUGACUGUGAUGAGAUUUUGGUUGUCAUGUGCAAAUGGGUACAGCCCAGUAACAGUACAGACAUGCACAAGAUGAAUAGUGUCAUAGCUUCUUUGGAUUUGGGCAGAGUGCUGAGAUUGACAUUGUUUUAGAUGGCACAGAGAACCGUAAAAUGGCAGAUAUCAAGUCGGAGGAUGGGAAAAAAGAGAGACAUUAUCUUUUUUACGAUGGAGAGACUGUAUCUGGGAAGGUGAAUGUAACCCUGAAAAAGUAUGGAUCAAAGCUGGAAUGCCAAGGAAUAAAAGUAGAAUUCAUUGGUAAGAUUGAACUCUAUUAUGUCAGAGGCAAUCAUCAUGAAUUCACAUCUCUAGUCAAAGAACUAGCUUGUCCUGGUGAACUUAUGCAAAAUAUGUCCUAUGCUUUUGAGUUCCUCAACGUUGAAAAGCCUUUAGAGUUGUACACUGGUUCAAAUGUACGACUUCGGUAUUUUUUGAGAGUUACUAUUGUGAGAAGGCUUUCAGACAUAAUUAAGGAAAUGGAUAUUGUUGUUCACACCUUAUCUUGCUACCCAGAAAUGAACAACAGCAUAAAAAUGGAAGUUGGCAUAGAAGACUGCUUACAUAUAGAAUUUGAGUACAAUAAAUCAAAGUAUCAUUUAAAAGACGUUAUAGCGGGAAAGAUAUACUUUUUGCUUGUGCGCAUAAAAAUCAAACAUAUGGAGAUUGCAAUAAUCAAAAGGGAAACCACAGGAUCUGGAAAUAACGUAAUGGUGAAAGGGUGAAAAAACUCGAAAAAAUCUUCAAACAUCCUCAAGGACAUCACCCCAACUGCCUCAUGCAAUUCCAGGAACUCAGGAACACACCUCCAACCAACCAAUUGAAGAUAUGAAACGAGAAGACGAAGACAAGGGUACAGUGUCAGGUGCUGAGAAUGAUUUGAGAAGGAAAGCGCCUGUUGAUGGUGACAAGGCUGAUGACUGACUGCACAAAAGCCAGAUUGUGUAAAGUACUAUGCAGAUAAGUUCACAUGCUCCCAUUCCUGAUGCACAUGGUCAUGUGAAAUAUGUAACUGUGCUUAAGAACUUCGAGUAUUUACUACUGGGAGUGCUGUUCUCAUUACUCAGUGACUCUGUACAUAGCACACAUUUGUUGUAACUAUAUUCAGUGUGCAGUAUGUAUCAAUUUUGUCCUACAAAUACUGUGUUUUUCUUGUAUGAUGUAUUGCAUAUAUGUGCCAUUAUCUUCAGGAGAUGUGAAAUGUCUGUAUAGUCUUUUACAAAGCAGCUUUUAGUAAAAGAAUGUUGUUCUCUAAAUAUUUUGUUAUGUGAAAAGACAGCAAUCAAAUCAGUGCUGCUGUUGAAAUGUUAUAACUCGAAGUGGGAUUUAUACAUUCUGGGUAACAUUAUGAUUCAAUAUAUACAUAUUGAAUGACAUCAUGAUUCAAAAAGGAAAAAUUGAGCCUUUUAUGAAAGUAGUUUUUUUGAAGUGUUAUUUUAUACCAGUGUCUGGCACUACUUUCUUUUUGCAGUGUUUCUGAUGUGAUAUGUCCUUUAUGUGUGUUUAUGU